AUGUCGCGGCCUUUCCCUGCGGUGUCGGUGUUCCGCCCCAUAUGGCGGCGCAACUUUUCGGCCUCGACCUCCAAGAGAGCCAUUGACAAGCUAUGCGGCUCGGCGGAGCAAGCUGUCAAGAACAUGAAGGGGCCUGCGACCGUCCUGGUCGGUGGCUUUGGCUUUUCGGGUGUCCCGAACACCCUGAUCAAUGCUGUGCGCGACCGUCCCGACAUCAAGGACUUGACAGUUGUCUCGAACAAUGCUGGGAUGCCCGGUGCUGGUCUCGGCCAAUUGCUCGAGUCCAAGCAGAUCAGCAAGAUGAUCGCCUCGUUUAUCGGCGAGAACAAGGUGUUCGAGAAGAUGUAUCUUAGUGGCGACCUGGCGCUGGAACUCACUCCCCAGGGCAGCAUUGCUGAAAAGUGUGCUGCCGGCGCUGCUGGCGUCCCGGCUUUCUACACUCCCGCGGCUUAUGGAACGAUCGUGCAAACCGGUGAACUCCCCGUUCGAUACAACAAGGAUGGCUCCGUGGCGGAAAAAUCCACGCCCAAGGAGACCCGCACGUUCAAGGGCAAGGAAUACGUUUUGGAAGAAUCGAUUUUCGGUGACUACGCUCUGGUCAAGGUCCACAAGGCCGACAAGCUGGGUAACUGCCAGUUCCGAAAGGCCAUGAACAACUUCAACGAGGCUAUGGCCAAGAACGCCAAGGUGACUCUGGUCGAGGCCGACCAGGUCGUCGAGGUUGGCGAGCUUGCCCCCGAGGAUGUGCACUUGCAGGGCAUCUACGUCGAUGCCGUGAUCCAGAGCACCGGUGAAAAGCAAAUCGAGAAGUUGACCUUUGCCAAAGACCCGAGUGAAAUGCUCCAGGCUGGAUCCGGUGAUGUCGCCAUUCGUCGGGAGCGCAUUGUCAAGCGUGCUGCCAAGGAGUUCAAGGACGGCAUGUAUGUCAACCUCGGUAUCGGAAUGCCCCUCAUCGCCCCGUCCUACCUGCCUGAGGGGGUCGAGGUAGUGCUGCAGUCGGAGAACGGAAUCCUGGGCCUGGGUGGCUACCCCAAGCCCGGUGAAGAGGACCCGGAUCUUAUCAACCCAGGCAAGGAGACUGUCACCCUGGGCCGCGGCGCUUCGCUGUUCGGAUCGCACGAGAGCUUCGGUAUGAUCCGCGCUGGUAAGAUCGAUCUGACCAUGCUGGGUGCUCUGCAAGUGAGCCAGUACGGAGACUUGGCCAACUUCAUGCUUCCCGGCAAGGUCAAGGGUAUUGGCGGUGCCAUGGACCUAGUCGCCAACCCGGAGAAGACCAAGGUUGUUGUGACGAUGGAACAUGUCGACAAGAAGGGCAAUUCCAAGAUCCUAGCCGACUGCACCUUCCCCCUCACAGGCCCCCGGUGCGUGUGGAAGAUCAUCACUGACCUGGCCGUGUUCGACGUUAGCCCGGCCGAGGGCCUGACCCUGACUGAGUUCGCCGAGGGCAUCUCAGUGGACGAGAUCCGCAGCAAGACCGCGGCUCCGUUCAAGGUCGCCGACGACCUGAAGCCCAUGCUGUAA